AUGAAGCGACAGAGAGAAGAUAGCGAGCAGAGGCUGAAGAGGAAGAAGAAGAAGCAGAAGCAGAAGCAGAAGCAGAAUCAGCAGCCCGUGAAAAGGUGGCGCGUUGUACCAAGGACGCUGUGUAAGCAGGCAGACUUGACAGCCAGCGAGACGGCCAGACAGCCAGACGGCAGCGGAGAAGAAGCAAAAAAAGGAUACGAAGAUGUCUCGGAGUGGCUGGGCAGCUUGCUUGCUUGCUUGCUAGUCCGUUCGUUAACUUAA